CCUAAGUGCCGAUAUUCCAUUUCUCUGCGCGCUCUCACUCUCUCGAACCCUACCCUAUCUUCUCUCUCUCUCUUCUCUCUCUCAUAUUUCUACCACCACAAACAUGGCUGACCGCGGUGGAGCUGACCGAGGUGGAGGUGACCGCGGUGGAUUCGGGCGAGGCUUCGGUGGUGGUCGUUCGAGGGGAGACCGUGGACGGGGAGACCGUGGCCGCGGAGGCCGGCGCAGGGGACGUCGUGACGAGGAGGAGAAGUGGGUGCCAGUGACAAAGCUGGGGCGUCUCGUCAAGGACGGGAAGAUCAAGUCAUUGGAGCAGAUCUACCUGCACUCUCUGCCCAUCAAGGAGCACCAGAUCGUGGACAAUCUCUGCCCUGGCCUCAAGGACGAGGUCAUGAAGAUCAUGCCAGUCCAGAAGCAGACCCGGGCUGGUCAGCGCACUCGCUUCAAGGCCUUCGUCGUGGUCGGCGACAGCAACGGUCACGUGGGUCUCGGCGUUAAGUGUGCAAAGGAGGUGGCGACCGCCAUACGUGGCGCCAUCAUACUUGCCAAGCUAUCUGUGAUUCCCGUUAGGAGGGGUUACUGGGGUAACAAGAUCGGGAAGCCCCAUACCGUGCCGUGUAAGGUCACCGGCAAGUGUGGGUCCGUCACGGUGCGCAUGGUGCCUGCACCACGUGGAGCCGGAAUUGUGGCUGCCAGGGUUCCCAAGAAGGUCCUCCAGUUUGCUGGGAUUGAUGACGUGUUUACCUCAUCCAGGGGCUCCACUAAGACUCUUGGAAACUUUGUGAAGGCAACUUUUGAAUGUCUAAUGUUAAGUUACGGGUUUCUUACACCUGAAUUCUGGAGGGAAACUCGCUUCACAAAGUCUCCGUUCCAAGAGCAUACAGACCUGUUGGCCAAACCAGUUGGUAAGCUUUUUGUGGAGGAGCCUGAGAGGCUUGAGGCUUGAUGGUUGAUGGUUGAUGCUUGAGAAUGUUUUCUAUUUCUUUCAAGGAACUAAUUAAAAAGUUUUGAUUUGGACGGUUUAAUUCCUAUUUUAGCUUUAUGUUUGGUUUUGCAUGGAUACUGCAAUCUUGGGUCAUUUUGAUUCAUCGUGAAUUGUUCCAUACCAUUGGCAAAAUUAAAGUUAGAUGGAUCUCAUUACAUAAA